AUGCUCGUCUACUUUGUUUUGGCCAUUCCCUUGUUCCCGUCCUCGGUGCUUGCCCGCAACGCAACAUGCCAGGACCACUUGGCACCAAGCUACCCUCAUCAUCCUGUCUGCCCAGGGCCACCACAUGUCUACCUGGUCAAGCCCAGCCAGGGCAAGGGCCUGGGCGUGUUUGCCGCUCGCGAUCUCGACAUAGGCGACAUUGUCAUGCGCGAAACUCCCGUCAUCAAAAUCAGCCUGCCCAAACUCAGGCCGGGAAGCGGGUAUCCAAUGGCGGCCAUAUCAAAACUCGUCCACGACGAGUUUAGCAUGCUUCCGCCGAGCGCCCAGCAGCAAGUUUUGGCCUUGACACAUUACACGGGGGCCCAAGAAGAUGCAGAUGCCGACACACUGGGCGAUAUUUUCCGCACAAACGCGUACAACACAGGAGACAAGGCUGGCCUGUUCCCCAGAAUCGCGCGCAUCAACCACUCGUGUCGGCCGAAUACAAGCUACUAUUGGAGUGAGAAACUCAAUAAGCGCAUCAUUUUUGCUACACGCAAGAUCAAAGCGGGCGAGGAGUUCUUCGUUUCCUACAUUUCACUUUUGAUGCCGCAAGAGGAGCGACAGAAGCAACUCGAUCGAUAUGGCUUCAAAUGCCAGUGCGAAGCAUGCGCGCAGGAACGGGCAGCCAGGGACGCCAGCGACCACCACCGCGUUACCAUCAAAAAUGCCUUUGCAAACUUUGACCACCAGCUCAGCUUCACACAUGCAAAAACAGUCAUGGGAAUACAACGAGCCCGUCAAAAUGCCGAGGCGAGCGCCCAGCUCGCGCAGCUCAUCCAAGCCGAGGGGCUCGCCGACUACUACGCCAGAGCCUACAAAAUCGCCGCCAUUAGCCACGCCAAACUCGAGGACUGGCAAUCUGCAGCCACAUGGGCGAACAAGGGGUAUGAGGUAACGUAUAUGGCGGACCCGGAAUCGCAAACCACUUUGGAAAUGCAACAGUUGACGAGCGUUUUCAUCGCCAAUUGGCAGACGCAGCUAGGAGAUCGGGCUACCUACCUGAGGUAG